AUGGAAUCCACUGUUUCCUUAACUUGUAUUUGUGGAAUCCAACACCCGGAAUUGAAGGAAGCUCACGAGAUUAUGAAAUCAGCCGACUCGCCACCCGACACGAAGUAUGAGUUCUUGGGAGACAACAUGAAUGGAAACAUUGAGACCUUCCUCCUCCUCAUCGGCCUGAAAUGCCUCUUCCCCGAACGGAUCAUGCUCAUCCGUAACCAAGACUCCCGACAGACCACUCGACUCUAUGGGUACUAUGAUGAGUGUAUCCGAAAAUACGGUAACGCCGCCUUGUGGGAGUCAAUGGAGCACCUUUCCGGUGUGGCAAUGGACAAGAGAGUGUUCAUGUUCAAGGAAUGGUUCGAAUGCGAAGCGAUCGGAGCAAUUCGGAAGGAUUCUCAUUAA